AUGACUGAUAUCAAGAAUUACUCUCUAGGCAACUUUACCCUACAAAACGGCAGUGUAUUGCCCAGAGCGUGGAUCUCUUACAAAACAUUUGGUGAUCCUUCUCUACCCGCUGUUCUCUACCCUUCAUGGUUCUCGGGCGCCAUCUCAGACAAUGAAUGGCUCAUCGGAGAUGAUAAAACACUUUCUCCGGAGAAGUACUUUAUUAUCAUAACAGCUCUUUUCGGAAAUGGCCAAUCUACUAGUCCGUCCAACUCGGAUAUCACUCCUUUUCCUGAUGUAUCCUUCUACGACAAUGUCAAAGCCCAGCACCAACUCAUGACCCAUUUGGGAAUCAAGCAUCUCCGCGCUGUACUCGGAUGGUCUAUGGGCGCUGCGCAGAGUUUCCAAUGGGCUACGCAGUAUCCUGACUUUAUGGACAUUUGCGUUCCGUUCUGUGGUUCAGCGCGAACAUCGCUUCACAACCAGGUUUUUCUCGAAGGUGUUAAAUCUGCACUUUUAGCAGCAAAAGGAGCUACUUCAGCGGGAAGUAUCCAAGGACGUGUUGAGUCUCCGUCAUACAGUGAGAGAAACUGGACCGAUAAAGAAAAGGACGUCGGGUUGAAAGCUUUUGGGAGAGGAUACGCAGGAUGGGGUUUCUCUCAGGCUUUUUACAGAGAGAAGCUCUUUACGAAAUUCUACAACGCUCCUGAUCUUGAGACAUUCAUGCAGGAUUUCUGGGAGAAGUGGGCUCUUAGCAAAGACCCAGAGAAUUUACUCGUCAUGCUUCAGACAUGGCAGAGCGGAGAUGUGAGUAAGCAGGAGCCGUACAAUGGGGAUUUUGAAAAGGCUAUGGCUGGUAUCAAAGCGAGGAUACUGGUUCUUCCUAGCAAGACUGAUCUCUACUUUCCGCCUGAGGACUCGGAGUAUGAAGUCAAGUGUAUGGGGAGUAAUGCGCAAUUGGAUGUUUAUCCGUCGAUUUGGGGACAUUGGGCUGGAGGGCCGCCGGGGAAUAUGGAGGAUGUUAAGUGGUUGGAUGAAAGACUGCGAAAGGUAUUUGAUGAAGCGCCCAAGAUGGGUUGA